AUGGCGAAUCGGAAACUAGAGAAGAUGGCAUCAAUUGAUGUUCAUCUUCGUCAACUGGUUCCUGGCAAAGUUAGUGAAGACGACAAACUUGUCGAGUACGAUGCUCUGCUUCUAGAUCGGUUCCUCGAUAUUCUUCAGGACUUGCACGGUGAAGAUCUCCGAGAAACUGUUCAAGAGCUUUAUGAGCAUUCAGCAGAGUACGAAGGGAAGCAUGAUCCAAAGAAGCUAGAGGAGCUAGGGAGUGUGCUGACGAGCUUAGAUCCAGGAGACUCCAUUGUUAUCGCCAAAGCUUUCUCCCACAUGCUUAACUUAGCCAAUCUGGCCGAGGAAGUGCAGAUUGCUUAUCGCCGUAGGAUCAAGAAACUGAAGAAAGGUGAUUUCGUUGAUGAGAGCUCUGCUACCACUGAAUCUGACCUUGAAGAGACUUUCAAAAAGCUUGUUGGUGAUCUCAACAAGUCCCCUGAAGAGAUCUUUGAUGCUCUCAAGAACCAGACUGUGGAUUUGGUUUUGACUGCUCAUCCUACUCAGUCUGUGAGAAGAUCAUUGCUUCAGAAACAUGGGAGGAUAAGAGACUGUCUUGCUCAGCUAUACGCUAAGGACAUUACUCCUGAUGACAAGCAAGAGCUCGAUGAGGCUCUACAAAGAGAGAUUCAAGCUGCAUUCAGAACAGAUGAGAUCAAAAGAACACCACCGACGCCACAAGAUGAGAUGAGAGCAGGGAUGAGUUACUUCCAUGAAACUAUCUGGAAAGGUGUUCCCAAGUUUCUGCGCCGUGUAGACACGGCUCUCAAGAACAUAGGGAUCGAGGAACGUGUUCCUUACAACGCUCCAUUGAUUCAGUUCUCUUCCUGGAUGGGUGGUGAUCGUGAUGGUAAUCCAAGGGUUACACCUGAAGUCACUAGAGAUGUGUGCUUGCUAGCUAGAAUGAUGGCUGCUACUAUGUACUUUAACCAAAUCGAAGAUCUCAUGUUUGAGUUGUCUAUGUGGCGUUGCACUGACGAGCUGCGUGUGAGAGCUGAUGAGCUUCACGCAAAUGCCAGGAAAGAUGCUGCAAAACAUUACAUAGAGUUUUGGAAGUCGAUACCUCCGACAGAGCCAUACCGUGUGAUUCUCGGUCAUGUAAGGGACAAGCUUUACCACACACGUGAACGCGCUCGUCAACUGCUCAGCAAUUCAGUCUCUGACGUCCCUGAAGAGGCUACUUUCACCAACUUGGAAGAGUUCUUGGAGCCGCUUGAGCUGUGUUACCGAUCGCUAUGUGCAUGUGGUGACCGUCCAAUAGCUGAUGGAAGCCUUCUUGAUUUCUUGAGGCAAGUCUCAACCUUUGGCCUCUCUCUUGUGCGGCUUGACAUAAGGCAAGAAUCUGACCGCCACACGGACGUAUUGGAUGCUAUCACCAACCAUUUAGACAUCGGAUCAUACAGAGAAUGGUCUGAAGAACGCCGCCAAGAAUGGCUUCUCUCUGAGCUAAGUGGCAAACGUCCGCUUUUCGGUUCCGAUCUCCCCAAAACCGAAGAGAUCGCUGACGUUCUCGACACGUUCCAUGUCAUAGCCGAGCUACCAGCAGACAGCUUUGGCGCUUACAUUAUCUCCAUGGCAACAGCUCCUUCUGAUGUACUAGCCGUCGAGCUUCUACAGCGCGAGUGCCACGUGAAACGGCCUUUGAGAGUUGUCCCGCUCUUUGAGAAGCUAGCGGAUCUCGAAGCAGCUCCUGCAGCGGUUGCUAGGCUCUUCUCCGUUGACUGGUACAAGAACCGGAUCAACGGUAAGCAAGAGGUUAUGAUCGGUUACUCUGAUUCAGGGAAAGACGCUGGACGUUUAUCCGCCGCUUGGCAGCUAUACAAGGCUCAAGAAGAACUUGUCAAGGUUGCUAAAGAGUACGGUGUGAAGCUGACGAUGUUUCACGGACGUGGUGGCACGGUGGGAAGAGGAGGAGGACCGACUCAUCUUGCUAUCUUGUCUCAGCCUCCGGAUACUAUCAACGGCUCUCUCCGUGUCACUGUUCAAGGUGAAGUCAUCGAGCAGUCGUUUGGUGAAGAGCAUCUAUGCUUCAGAACGCUUCAGCGUUUCACCGCAGCUACACUCGAGCACGGUAUGCAUCCUCCUGUCUCUCCUAAACCGGAAUGGCGCACAUUGCUCGAUGAAAUGGCGGUCGUUGCAACCGAGGAGUACCGGUCCGUUGUGUUCCAAGAACCUCGCUUCGUCGAGUACUUCCGCCUCGCUACACCGGAGCUAGAGUAUGGGCGUAUGAACAUUGGAAGCAGACCUUCGAAGAGGAAGCCAAGCGGAGGAAUUGAGUCUCUCCGUGCGAUUCCAUGGAUCUUUGCUUGGACUCAAACAAGAUUCCAUCUUCCUGUGUGGCUUGGAUUCGGAGCAGCGAUUAGGCACGUGGUGGAGAAGGACGUCAAGAACCUACACAUGCUUCAGGAUAUGUACCAACACUGGCCUUUCUUCAGAGUCACCAUUGAUCUGAUCGAGAUGGUGUUCGCUAAAGGAGAUCCUGGUAUCGCUGCCUUGUACGACAAGCUUCUUGUUUCAGAGGAGCUAUGGCCUUUUGGUGACAAACUCAGAGCUAACUUCGAAGAAACCAAGAAACUCGUCCUCCAGACUGCUGGACACAAGGAUCUUCUUGAAGGAGAUCCUUACUUGAAACAGAGACUGAGACUUCGUGAUUCUUACAUCACCACUCUCAAUGUCUGUCAAGCUUACACAUUGAAGAGGAUCCGUGAUCCGAGUUACAACGUGACUCUACGGCCUCACAUCUCCAAGGAGAUUGCGGAGUCGAGCAAGUCUGCACAAGAACUCGUCGAGCUUAACCCGACGAGCGAGUACGCGCCUGGACUUGAAGAUACACUCAUCUUGACCAUGAAAGGUAUCGCUGCUGGUCUUCAAAACACCGGUUAA